AUGUCUUCCACCAUCUGCAUUAAGCAAGAAGUGUUGUCCCUAGACCUCGAAGAAAGUCACUAUCUCUAUCGAAUAAGGAGAAAUUCAAGGGUCGUAUAUGUUUCUAUCCUUGAUGGGGAUAUCAUUCCCCGUGAUUGCAGGACAGACGACGAUCGAUGGGGGGAAGAAUGGAAGACACUCACUGUUCGGAGUGGCUUCCAGGGUAUUGAGAGCACCCCAGACGAAUUCAUACCACACAGGCUAGACCUCCAACGGCUUAAUGUUCCUGGUGCCGUCUUUCUCAACCUUUUAGACCUGACAAGGGUCUCUCGGAUCAGCGAUCGCAUUUCCCGGGUAAAGUAUGACGGUAAAACGUGGAUACUGAAGGUCGCACGGUUCAGACAUGAAAUUCCGGCCCUGCAACAAGAGGAAACAAAAGCACGAACAGUUGGCUUUCUAGUGGAGGAAAUUUUGGGGAAAAUCCCAGACAUACAUAAUCUCAGACAUUGCGUGGAAACUGUUCGUCUGCUGCAUACAUGCGGAAUUGUUCAUGGGGACCUCAAUAAGUACAAUUUUCUGAUGACGGAGCACGGUGCAAAAAAUUUUGAUUUUGAGGCUUCUGCUGCUCGGCCAGAUGUAGACCCAGCAGCAGCUGAGGAGGAAUUAAAAUCUUUUCCAGGCAAGCUGGCAGGUGAACCAGGCAUUGGCAAACGUUGGGCCACUGGCCUGAGUACUUAUUGA